UUUGGUCAUAUGAUGCGCUGUUUUUCAUUGCCUCUGCUAAAUUAAGGAAGAAGAGUCCAUUGAGUCGCUUUCACAGUGCUGUUAUAUUAACUGCCAAUAAAAAAAAAGAUACAUUUUUAAGACAGUCCUGCGAAGGAGCGACAUUUGCUUCAUUUUGCAAACCAGGAACAAUGAUCGCAGCCCUGCUGGAACAAUAUCGAGAGAGAAUUCGGACUGAGUUGGACAGAGUUGUGGAUUUCUGGCUGAAAUAUUCCCAUGACAAACAUUACGGUGGUUUUUUUAACUGCCUUGGAAAAGACGGAGAGGUCUAUGAUGAGCUGAAAUAUGUGUGGUUACAGGGAAGACAGGUAUGGAUGUACAGCAGAUUGUAUCGUACAAUGGAGAGAUUUCGUAGACCUGAGAUUCUCGAGGCUGCUAAAUCAGGUGGGGCAUUUCUGCAAAAGUUUGCUCGAGUUCAGUCUUCCAGCGGUCCGGGGAAAUGUGCAUUCUGUCUGACCAGGGAUGGACGAGCUGUAAAGGUUCAAAGGACGAUUUUCAGCGAGUGUUUUUAUGUUAUGGCCAUGGAUGAAUUGUCCAGGAUUACACAAGACAAAGAGAUGCAGGCAGAUGCGGAGAGCAUGAUGGAUCAGUUGGUGCACUGGGUCCGUAUCGAUUCAUCAGACCUCGGUCGUCCUCAGCUUUCUGGUGAUCUGCCCGUCAACAGCAUGGCAGUUCCCAUGAUGCUCCUGUGCCUGGUGGAUCAGCUGACAGAAGGUAGAACUGAGAUUGCAGAGAAGUACAAAGAGCUGAGCGACUGGUGUGUGGAGCAGAUACUACUGCAUAUACAGAGAGAUGGAAAAGCCAUUUUGGAAAAUGUCACAUUGGAUGGAAAGGAAUUACCUGGCUGUCAAGGGCGAGUGCAGAACCCUGGUCAUGCUUUGGAAGCUGGCUGGUUUUUGCUCCAGUAUGCACAUGCGAAAGGAGACACACAACUUGAGAAGACUGCAGUGGAAAAGUUCAUGGAGGUUCCGUUCCACACUGGAUGGGACAAACAACAUGGAGGCCUUUUCUACUUCCUGGAUGUAGAUGGACAUUGUCCGACUCAGUUAGAAUGGAAUAUGAAGUUGUGGUGGCCUCACUGUGAAGCUCUGAUCGCAUACCUGAUGGCCUACAGUCACAGCAGAAAGCCCAUGCUAAUGGACCGAUUCAAGCAGAUCUAUGACUACACUUUCUGUCAUUUUUCUGAUGAGGAGCAUGGUGAAUGGUUUGGAUAUCUGAGCUGUCAGGGAGAAGUUGUGUUGGACUUCAAAGGAGGACCCUACAAAGGGUUCUUUCAUGUUCCACGGUGUCUCUACAUGUGCGAGAAGCUUCUGGAUGGUCUUCUUCAGGAACAUGGUUCUUGAACCUUACCGCUUAUUGAUAUUUCACAGCUAUGCACUCCAUAGCCCAGACUUCAUGAAAUUUUUAUGGAAGUCCUUCUGUUUAAUUGGUCAGUUUUAAAUAUCAAUUGAGAUUUAUAGAUUGUUUUAUCACCUCCAUUUCACCAAAUGUUAUUUUAGUUAAGAUUACAGCUGCUUUGACUGGAAACUGUUGAAAACAUCCAUGAAAUUCAAACCCCAAGUUAUGUUCAAGUGUUCGAUUCUGAGUUCAUGUUUUGUCUCUCAAAAUCAGUAUUGAUAUUUCUGUUUAAGUUAUGAUUUUAAAAGCUGUUUAUCAACAAUGUGAAUGGGAAAAGGGACCACAGAUUUUUUUUUAAGUAUUCAAGAAUGUAAUAAGAAAAGGAAAUAUUUAGUUGAAGAAUUAAAUGUAUUACUAUUUGGCAAGUUAAUCUCUCCAUAUGGCUUUCAACUAAAUGGCUUCAAGUGAACCCCCUACAUACAGUUUCACAUGGUUACUUUUGAUUCAAACAACAGUGCUUCAUGCAUGUCUGGGAGCAAAUAACAGCAGCAAUGAUUUUAAUAAUAAUGAAAAUAAUAAAUUAAAACCACUCAAUGAUGACUGUGCUAACCUUUUGAAAGUGCCUUAUUUUGCC